AUGGACCUAUAUUCUCAAAGGGAGAAUUCUGUCACUGAUCGCAGCGACAAUCCAGGUUCGAAAGCCGAAGAAAAGUAUAGCGAAGCAUUUUCUAAACAUGAAAAAAGCUUCCAUAGUGAAAUGGGCAGAGUGGAAAAUUGGAGGGCAGAUCUUAAAGAAGCUGCAGACCUGGCAGGAAUAGUCCUCCAAGACAGGACUGAAUGGAUUAAUGGAUUCUUACCCAAUUAUACAUUUCAAUUCUAUGCGAUCUUUAGCAUCAAUAUGAUCAGUAGGAGGAUUCAUGUCAAAUCCUUAACUUCUUCUAGGCUGCCAGAGCAAUCCUCAUGGCCUUAG